UGAGAGGUGAAAUUCCUUCAUUCUCUGACUGAUGAAAAGGCAACGGACAUGGAUAUUUGAAUAUGUUCUUCUUCAUAUUUGGAAGGAGAGAGAUCUUAUAUGUAUUAUAAUCAAAUUUUCCAGCCCUCCAUCUUUGUGAUUUUAUAAUAUCUAUUUGUCUUUUCUUAGAGGGUUAUAAGAAUAUAUCUUCACCUUCACUUCUCUCCCUUCAAACCCAUCUUUUUAUUCAUCAAAGUGAAGCAAUUCAAAGGUGCUUUUCUUGUUCAAAGGCAGAAGGCCUGAAUGAUGCCGGGAAAUGGGCAGGUAUCAGUUCCUCCAGGAUUUCGUUUCCAUCCAACGGAUGAAGAGCUCCUCUACUAUUAUCUGAGGAAGAAGGUAGCGUAUGAGGCCAUCGACCUUGAUGUAAUAAGAGAUGUCGACCUCAAUAAACUCGAACCUUGGGAUCUCAAAGAUAGAUGUAGAAUCGGAUCCGGUCCUCAGACUGAGUGGUAUUUCUUCAGCCACAAAGACAAGAAGUACCCAACCGGAACCCGGACCAAUCGAGCGACGACGGCCGGCUUCUGGAAAGCUACAGGGAGAGAUAAGGCCAUUCACCUCAACAAUUCCAAGAGGAUUGGCAUGAGGAAGACCCUGGUUUUCUACACAGGCCGAGCCCCUCAUGGACAAAAGACAGACUGGAUCAUGCACGAGUACCGGCUCGACGAUGAUAAUGUGGAUGUCCAGGAGGAAGGAUGGGUUGUGUGUCGAGUAUUCAAGAAGAAGAACCAUCAAACGGCUUUCCAAGCAGAAUCAACGACGGUCGAGGAAGUUCAUCAAUUCAACCACAUCAAUCAAAUCAGUGGGCCAUCUCCAUCUGACCGUAAACACAACUUUCCUAUGCCCUAUGAUCCUGCCUUGGACAACUCCAUGCAUCUUCCUCAGCUGUUGAGCACAGAGUCUAUUGUCGCACCGUCGUUCUUACCGCCCAUCUCUUUGAGCUCCAUGGACGUACAGUGCUCUCAGAAUCUGAUGAGGCUGACGGGCGGAGGCGGAAUCAUGCAAGAAGAGAGAAUUAAUGGAGAGUGGUCUUUCUUGGACAAGCUCCUUGCAUCCCAUCACUGCUUAGAACAGCUCUCCUCAGUUCAGAGAUUACCAUUUCAGUAUAUUGGCUGUGGAGCUGAUUUUCUGAAAUUUUCUAAGUAAUCUUUCAAGCUUUUCUUGUUGAGGCCGGAUCCAAUACAAACGUCUCUACUUAAGCUUAAGGCACAAAUCAACAUGUGGGGCCCAAAACGGACAAGUCAACAUUUGGGGCCCACUAUAAUGUUUUAAUGAAAUCCAAUCUGUCCAUCAUUUGCGCCACGUCCUUUUAUUAAUGGUUGACAAGACUCAGGUCGAUCGACUACUCAGUUGGGCUACCACCAUGUAAUCAUUCCCAAAACCUCUAAAAUCACACAUUGUGGCCCAACUGAGUUUUGGAAUGUCUUCAUUUGUAGGAUGUCCAUUAAUCAUAAUCAGAUGCAUCUUUGGAAUGGAUUAGAUGGAUUAUGCAGAUAUACUGCGUCCUACAAACAAUGUGGAAGGUUUUCAAUGGUCAGCGUCACCAUCCCAACUUUUCCCUUUGGUCUGGCCCACCUCAGUUUUAAAGAAGCCUGGUUUUUAAGAUUCAGAAGGAAAUACAGGAGAUAGAGAUGAUGGAUGGAUUGGAUGUCAUUAAAACAUCACGGCAGACCCCACACGUGGAUUUGUACUUUAAUCUUAAUAGAAACAUUUAUAUUGGAUCUGUCCGCCUCCUUCGUUUGGAUAGGGUUUUCUCAGUAAUGUGUCACAGCUAAUAUCAAUGUCGUUAGCUGAGCUUUCGUUUAUUGUAUAGAUUAUAUAGUGAGAAGGUUUCACCAGGAGCUGCAUGUGGAUGAGAAAACGGUGCAACUAGCUGAGUGUGGGCCCAACUGUAUAUGGAAUACAACCUGUCCAGCAGGGUUGUCCCAACAUGAAAAUGGAAUUCUGUUAAAAUUAGGUCGAUCCACUGGUAAGGUGGGCCGCACCAAAGAAACAAAGGACAACCACCCAAAAAUCUUCCUUUCAUGUGGUGGCCCACCUGAUGCUUGGAUCGGCCUGAUUUUUGGGUCUUCUCCAUUUCAUGGUGGGCAGACGACUCUGCUGAACCGGUUGGAUGUGGCAUGCACACACGCCAUAGUGGGCCCCACGUAGUUGAUUGCAUGCAUGGUUUUCUCGUCUACAACAUGUUGGGUGAGACAUUACCAAAUAUAUAUACAGAAAACAGUGUUAUAUUAUCUCAGUGUUAGGUAUUAUAAAAUGGUGGGUUAUUACUUUUAAUAAGAUCCUAGCCAUCCAU